AUGACGCAAUCUCCCGUACUCUCCUACAAAAAACCAAGUAACAAGGAUCAACCAACAUCCGUGUCGGCAUCAGCAACGCCGACUCCAAGGACCAGUUUUUCACCUAGUCUAUCCUCAACAGCGUCAAAUAGUGGAUCACCUCAAUUACCGCCUCAUACAUCUCAGCCGAGGAAGAUAUCGUCGCGACGUAAAGCGUUACAAGAGUUUUAUCAUUUGCAACAACAAUCACAUUCCAAUCGGGCGGAGACUGGUGAUACCGAAAAACAAGAGCUGGAUCGACCUCAAGAAGAGAAAGAAGAAGACAAGUCCGUAAAACGUGAAAUCCGACCUUCUGAUUUGAAAACUAAGGAAGAUGUGGAACAAUUCAUUAAAACAUCAAGUACAAAAGAGAUUCUCAAGCUUUGUAAUAAGAUACAGCUGCAGCUUAAUUCAUCGAGCCAAAAGAAGAAAGAGAUUAUUUACGAUAACUACUAUGAGCUAAUCAAAUUAAGUAAUAUGUUGGCAGAUUUGUCGGAAUCCAAAAAACUGAUUACGAAUCUACCUUCAGUGCAAGAUUCGGAAAAGAUGGACUCCCUUAGUGGUUUCAAAAUUUUCAGUCAAAGUCCGAAUGAUAGUGGACCUGAAGUUCCAAUUGACACUUAUUUGGAUGAAGUGUUGGACGAUUUAUGCAAUUUUAACCAGAGUACAAUAAAAAAAUUCACGUCUGGUGGAUUUGAUGAUGUUCUUAACCGAUUGGAUAGAUCUACUGAUCGUGCCGAGUCAAACGCCAGUGUGAUGGGGAUUUACAGUGAGGGUGGUGUGGAUAGUAUACUGGAUGAUAUGAAUAAAGACGACAUUAUCAGUGAAAUAAGCUAUAUCUUAGACUUGCCAAAUCGGCAAUUGAACGGAACAGAAAGAACUGAAGCUGAGACUAAAAUCGACAAAAUCCUAAAAACAACCAAAAGCGAGGCUUUGAAAUUGCAGCUAAACACAAUCAAAAGUAGAAUGUAUUGA